GCUGUGUAGGCAGCCUUGCAGGUAAACACCAACACCACUUGAGUUAGUGGUCGGUUCUCUCCGCAAGAAAAUGAGCUGAAAUCUCAAGCGAUUCCCACGAAGAUGUCUAGUCCUUCAAGACAAAUAUCGAAUCGACGUCUUCCUCCGCUUCCCAAUAGUUCUCGAAGUAGUCCAAUUCGAAGGAUCACGAGCGGUGGGAGCGUUAAAACUACAAGUGCUUGUUCUACCAAUUCUCGACACGGUCCUACUAGCAACCAUCAAGGCAGUCAAGUCAACAAUCAUGGACACUACGAUUUAAACGUUCCCUUCAGUGACGGACCGUUUAGACCUGCCUUGAUUCAAGGAAAAGCGAUCGGAGAGCGGCCAAACCCAGAAACGCACGAAGUUCAACUMGAUGGUGAAAAUGUUAGGAGUUAUUUGGUAGCGAACCCAAUGUUCUUAGACGAGUUCGUUAUGAAACAUGUUGACCAAGAUCGACUCGAGCGAUGGCUUAUCAGGAAAACUAGAAAAUUAAAGCAAAAGGGACGACAUCCACCUGGCGAUCAAGAAAACAGCAAACAAAACGGACCCCUGAGUCACCGUCCGUCGCUGUCAAAAUGGAAGUUUUGUGUUCAUAGUGAUAAGAAGAAGAUGCUCGAGGAACUCACACAUGACAUACACACACAACCAAACAAGCAAAAAGUUCUUCUUGAGCUGGCAAAUUGCAUUGCAUCAGCUUGUCAUGCUGAUGGUUUUGUUCUGUACUUGGUUGAUUCUAAUGGACAAGAUUUGUAUAUUCAUAACCCUAGUCUACCAGAGGGGAAGACUUCUUCUCCUAUCAAAAUUCAACCCAAAUCAACAAUAGCAGCAUACGUCGCUCAUGCACUAAAACCAGUCAGGACCAAUGAUAUAUUAGGGGAUGAGCGAUUUCCCCAGGGAACUGGUGUUGAUGGUACUACAGCUCAGUCAGUUUUAUGUCAGCCAAUUGUGCAAUCAAAUGGUGACCUCAUAGGAACGAUUGAAUUGACGAGGACUGUGGGUCGUGAUCCAUUUGAUGAGGAAGAUGAAGAGAUCGUAAACAGCUAUCUGGUGUGGGGUGGAAUAUCUUUGUAUUAUGCUGAGAUGUAUCAUCACAUGCAUAAACACAGGAAGCUGACAGAAUUCCUCUUGAACGUUACAAGGUCUAUAUUUCAAGAUAUAGUUAGCAUGGAUACUGUCAUUAUGAAAAUUAUGAACUACGCACAGACACUAGUAGAUGCAGACAGGACUUCGCUGUUUCUUGUUGACAACAAAACCAGUGAACUCUACGCCAGGAUAUUUGAUAUCGGUGGAAGCCUGGAGGAUAGCAAGUCAUCCAAACUACAGAAAGAGAUCAGGUUUCCCAAAACAAAGGGAGUAGCUGGGUAUGUUGCGACAACGGGCGAGACACUUAAUAUUACAGACGCCUAUCAUGACGAGAGAUUCAAUAGGGAAAUCGACAUACAGACGGGAUACACGACCCGUACUCUUCUGUGCAUGCCUAUAUUCAUCAGAGGAAGUAUAAUUGGAGUGGUACAAAUGGUCAACAAAAAGUCGGGCGUCUUCACUGCCUCAGAUGAGAAAUCUUUCCAGACAUUUGCUAUCUAUUGUGGUCUUGCUCUUCACCAUGCUAAGUUGUACGACAAAAUCAGAAGAUCUGAACAGAAACACCGGGUGGCUUUGGAAGUCUUGUCUUAUCACAGCAAAUGCUCUGAAAAGGAGCUUCGCUCUCUUAAGGAAUUACAGACUGUUGACCCUUACCCUGAACUGGAAUCAUACGAUUUUGAUUCAUACAGUCUGGAGUCCGAGGUCAUGCCGAAACUAGUCAUUGACAUGACAAGAAAUCUCUUCUCCUUGACCAGAAACAAUGUGGGAUUCAAGGGUGGUAUGGCAGUAGUACACUCACCUCUAACCUCUGGGGUCUCUGCUUCGACUCCUGGACUCGGCAUCGAAUGCCGAUUUGAUGUUGAUGAGUUGUAUCGGUUUGUGCUGACGGUUCGCAAGAACUACCGUCGUGUUCCAUAUCACAACUGGACUCAUGCGUUUGCUGUGGCGCACUGCAUGUACCUGGUGAUACGUUCUGGGCAUAACAACUUCUCAGGACUUGAGGCACUGGCCAUGUUCUUUGCUUGUCUCUGUCACGACCUAGAUCACCGUGGACGAACCAAUUCUUGGAUGAAGAACGAGGGAACUCCUCUUGCUGCAGUGUACAGCACCUCUACUAUGGAGCACCAUCACUUUAACCAGACCAUUACCAUUCUGCAGCACGAGGGUCACAACAUCUUCUCUCACUUGAGCUCCACCGAGUACAAGUCCGUUCUUGGCUUCAUGAAAGAAUGUAUCUUAGCAACAGAUCUUGCGCUUUUCUUCGGGAACAAAGCCAAGUUGAAAGACUUUGUGGAGAAGGGAACUUUCUCUUGGGAAGACCAGGAACACAGGCGACUUCUACGAGCGAUAUGCAUGACGGCCUGUGACUUAUCAGCCUGUACAAAACCCUGGGACAUCCAGUACCAGAUUGUCAAAGUCAUCUAUCAGGAGUUCUAUGCCGAGGGUGACUUGGAGAAGGCGCAAGGGAAACAGCCAAUCCCAAUGAAGGAUCGUAACACGGCCCAUGAACUGCCAGCUCACCAGGUUGGUUUCUUAGUUGGUAUCUGCUUACCUUGUUACGAACUGUUAGCCAAGAUUAUCCCGGGAACAAAGAACCUAGUCCUUGGUGGAAAGAAAAAUUUAAAACUUUGGUCAGAACGUGUUGCAAAGCAAAAAGAGAUAAUGAAAAAUGAAGAAAAGAGCGAAGAAGAACGCAAGAAAUCUGAGAGUGAAAACAACGAGAAGAGCCCAACUCCAUCUGCUGAUGACGACGAGAAGCAAACGAAGGAAGAAAAAGAUUCCAAUGAGGAGAAUGAACGUAGAGGAGGCGAGAAAAAACAAAACCCGAAGGAACCAGAGGACAGCCACAAGAAGGAAGAAUCUAUUGAAAACCACAAGAUUGAGCACGAAAAUGAUGCUGUUUUAAAAAACAGAAAGACGCCUGAAUCUACUCCUUCUAGUCAGGCGACGUUGAAUAACAAUGAAGUAAAGAGGGAGUCCGAAAAUAUGAAGGUAGAAAAGAAAUCCAGUAGAUAACUACAGCGAGAGUCGGUCGUUUAAAUUUGUAAAUAAGAAUCGAAAAUUUUGAUCUAUAUCUUCGUUUUCUCAGUUAUCAUUCAGCGGUUAUAUUACGAGUAAAAAAAUAAUUUCGAGACCAAAGCUGGCAUCUAAAUUUCUUAAAGAAAAUAUGGUUCUUAACUGGCUUUCAAAUCCAAGCAUUUUUAUUGGAUGAUGCAUUUGUUUUCGUACAUUUUAAUUAGUUAAAAGCGGUAGCCAAUUAGAUGUCGCGUUCCCAUUCAGUCACGGAUUGAGGGGCACAGUUUUGUUAGCUACAAAGCUCAAGUUUUCCCUUGAAAAACUGAGAGAAAUUCUCCGAGAGAAUCUUUAUUUCCAUGAAACUUUCGAAUAAUUUUCUUUCCUUUUCUCAGUUUUCGCCAUUAAUUUUUUGAUAAUUUGUACGUGCAACAUAACUGAUUAUAGACUUUAGAUUAUUAGUACUGAUUCUAUAAAUGAGACUGGAUCUCAUUACUAGGAAAUAGAAAGCUAUAGAUAUAUAAAGUGCUUAAAAAGUACCAARACUUAAAGUGUAUAUAUAUUAUAGUCAUGAGAGCUUUUGUUAUUUCAAACAGCCUAGAAAUCAUCUAUAUUACAUUGGUUAUAUUAUUAGAAGAGGCAAUGUUGAAUAUAUCUGCCCAUUAUUUCUACCUUCUACGGAGAGAACAAUUUGAAAAGAGAGAGAGGAAGAAAGAAAGAAAGAAAGAAAGAGGAAAAGUAAGAUGGACGAUAAGUUUGGGUAGUCGUAGUGCAAGGAAACUUGAAAAAGAAUAUUUAUAACCCCAGUUGAGGACAAAAAUCAUUGUACAUGGCUUAAUCCGAUAAGUCAAAAUUGAAUUAUAAUUAAAUAGGAUAGAGAGAGAAAAGUAUAAGAUAUAUUAUUGAGAUAUACCUAUAGCAAUAGCAAAUGUAUAAAUAUCAACCUAGAGYUGGAUAUAACUUUCACAGAUAUUUUUUGGGUGCAACUUUGAGAUGAACAUUUUUUCWGAGGUACCAAAACAAUUUUUUCCCCCGGUGAAAUUAGAAUCUUUUUUCUUUUUCUUCUGAUGCAUGUUAUUUUUGAACAUUUUCCCCUUUACUCCUAAGAAGCCAGUUAAACACCAGAAAUUCUUCGAUUUUUAACUAUCCCCCUUUCCCCUUCUUUUGGCCUUCAUUUUCUAUCCCCCAAUGUUUCCCUCAAAUUCGCAUCAUUACAUAUCAUAUCAAAAUCUUA